GUAAAUCCACUUCUCCAUCUCUAUCCACACCUUAAGAAAAGACUUCCUUUCACCUACACACACUACUCUGCAUCCUAAAUUCAAAAUGCAGCGUUAUACUCUGUUCUCGCUUCUUCUUCUACUUGCCAUGUUCCUUCUCGGAAGCCAAGGAGCAACGACACCGCCAGCGAAGGAGUACUUAGACGCACACAACGAAGCAAGAGCCGCAGUGGGAGUUCAACCUCUCAGCUGGAGCGACAAGCUGGCCAACGCCACCAGCCUAAUGGUGCGCUACCAGAGGAACAACAUGGCCUGCCAGUUCGCCAACUUAACGGCCAGCAAGUACGGCGGCAACCAGCUCUGGUCGGGAUCUGCGGCCGGCGUGGCGCCACGCACGGCGGUGGAGGAGUGGGUGAAGGAGAAAGACUUCUACAACCACAGCAGCAACACGUGCGUGUCGAACCACGAGUGCGGCGUUUACACGCAGGUGGUGUGGAGGAACACGGUGCAGCUUGGUUGCUCCCAAGCCAUUUGCGUCAAGGACAAAGCUAGCUUGACCAUUUGUUUCUAUGACCCCCCUGGAAAUGUCAUUGGAGAGUCUCCUUACUGAUCCUCGUGUAUUCUCAAUUCCCAAAUAAAAAUCAAUUUCGUUUUCUCUUUCUUUUUA